AUGGCUACUGGUUGGGUUGGUUUUGUUGGUCCAACUGUAGGCAAGAUUGGAGAAUUUCUAAUGGCUCCAGUUGGCCGUCAUUUCGGUUAUCUAUUUUCCUAUAAAAGCAAGGUCAAGAAUCUGAAAGAUGAAGUCAAGAAGUUGGAUGAGAAAAGAGGUGCAAUGCAGCUAUCAGUUGAUGAAGCAAAAAGAAAUGUAAAAGGUAUCGGACCUGAUGUUAAGGGGUGGCUGGAAAGGGUUGAUAAAUGCAGCAUAGAGGCCAGAGAAAUUCUAAAAGAUGAAGUUGAAGCAAACAAAGGGUGUCUAUAUGGGUGGUGUCCAAACCUGCCGUUACGUUACUCGCUCGGUAAGAAAGCAACCAACAAGGCAAAAGAGGUGGCUCAGUUGCACGAAGAGAGGAAACUGACGGAAGUGGCCUACAAUGAGCCUCUACCUGGGAUAGAAUCCACAUCCACUGAAGGUAUUAAGGUUUUUGAAUCUAGAAGAUUGAUUACGAACGAUGUCAUGGAGGCACUGAAUGAUGAUGGAUUCCACAUGAUUGCAAUAUGUGGGAUGGGUGGUGUUGGUAAGACAACAAUGGUGAAAGAAGUUGCCAAAAGAGCAAAAGAAUUGAAAUUGUUUGAUGAGGUUGUGAUGGCUGUAGUGUCCCAAAGUCCAAAUGAAAGGAAGAUUCAAGGUGAAAUUGGAGAUAAUUUGGGUUUGAAAUUUGAGGAGGAGACUGAACGUGGAAGAGCAAAUCGACUAUGUGAAAGACUAAGGGGCACCAAUAGAAUCCUUGUCAUAUUGGACGAUGUUUGGAGGCGUCUCGAACUGAAUGACAUAGGAAUUCCAUUUGGAGAUGGUCAUAGAGGUUGCAAAAUUUUGAUGACUUCUAGAUUUGAUAAUGUAUGCAACGAUAUGAAUGCUCAAAAGAAAUUUACAAUUGAAGUCUUAACUAAAGAAGAAGCAUGGAAUCUCUUUGAGGAGAUGGUUGGAAUUUCCAACGACACAAGUCACACAAGUACUGAUUUGUAUAUCACACAGAAGAAAGUUGCGGAUGAAUGUGGAUGUUUGCCGAUUGCUAUUGUUACAGUUGCGAGGGCACUCAAAGGUAAAGAUGAGCAGUCAUGGAAUUCAGCCCUUCUACAGUUACGUAAGUCCAUGGUAAAAAACAUUAGGGAAGUAGAAGAAAAUGUGUUUAAAUCUCUGGAGUUGAGUUACAACUUCUUAGGAAGUAGAGAAAUUAAGGAAUGUUUUUUGCUAUGUUCCUUAUAUGUUGAAGAUUUUAAUAUUCCAAUUGAAGAUCUCGUUAGAUAUGGAGUUGGGAUAGAGAUGUUUGAGUCCAUUGAUAGUGUCAACGAAGCAAGAGACAGAGUACAUGCCUUUGUCGAUGACUUAAAAAAAGGCUAUCUCUUGAUAGAUGGUGAACGAGAAGGUUGUGUUAAAAUCCAUGAUGUAGUUCGUGAUGUUGCUAUAUCAAUAGCAUCUAGGGAAGAGCAUUCAUUUAUGGUAAGAUGUGACGAAGCAUUGAAAGAAUGGCCGGAGAAAGAACGACACAAAAAUUAUGCUGUAAUUUCAUUGCGAUGCACUGGUAUGAGCAAGCUGCCUGAUAAUCUAGAAUUUCCAAAACUCCAUCUUUUACGGCUAGAGGGCAAUUAUGGGUACAAUUGUGCAUCACAACUACCAAAUCUCCCAGAUAGUUUCUACGGAGGGAUGAAGGAACUCAAAGCUUUAAGCAUGUUGAAUGUGUACAUAAAAGGAUCACUGCCGACAUCCCUGCGAUGGUUGACCAACCUCCGAAGCUUGUCACUAUACGAACGCGGACUGAUCAAUGAUGUAUCUGUAAUAGGAGCGUUGGAGAAUCUAGAAAUUUUGAGUUUUGAAGGCAUCGAAAUCGAGGAGUUGCCAAAAGAAAUAGGUCAGCUUAGUCACUUGAAGCUACUGGAUUUGUUGCGAUGUGGUGUGAAGAGGAUUUGCCCAGGUGUUCUGUCGAGCUUAUCAAAGCUAGAAGAGUUGUAUCUUUGGUCUAGCUUUAUUGAUGAAAACAGGAUAGAAGAAGCUAAAGCGACUUUCACUGAGUUGUGUGGGUUGUCUAAUUUUACAACUUUGGUCAUUCACCUACGAGAUUUUGCAUACUGGCCAAGAGACUUGGUCCUUACGAAUCUAAACGCAUUCGCUAUAACCACUGGGUUCUGUCCUAGAUAUUGUCGUGAUUAUCAGUUACAAAACCAGUUGAGUCUCCAGGAUGUUCACGAGAGCGAUCUUAUGGAGAGUGAGUUCAAGAAUCUUUUCAAGAUCACUAAAAUUUUAGAAAUAAUAGGAGCAGUAGGUGUGAAGAAUGUUGGCUAUGAUUUAGACAAAGAUGGUUUCAAAAAAUUAACAGAAUUGUACUUGAAAUAUUGUCAGGAUUUGGAAUAUGUCAUUGACACAACAGAUGGGGUUCCAGUUCCACAGAUAGCCUUCCCUGUGUUGCAGUAG